AUGGCGAUAUCGGUAAACUUUGAAGCACUCCUAAUCGGCAUCGGAGUCUUCAUUUUCGUUUGCGUUUUGACAUUCACUCUGUUCUACCCUUUCCGAGCCGGAUUCUCUGAGUUCGUUUUCCUCGAUCGUACUCCUCGAAAAUCUUCUUUAUCGAAGCAAUCAAAGAAAGAGUUUCUGAAACGUAAGAGAAAGCCAAAGAAGCGGACCGAACAAGAUGACGAUGGCAUUUCGGAAUCCUCGCUUGCGUCUGCGGAUGCAGCAGUUGUCAGUAAUCCCCCGAAGCCGGUUCCAGAGACACCACCAGCAAAAACUUCAAGCAAGCCAACUGAGGUGCAAAAACCGAAGUCUCAAGCUAUCUCCACGAAAUCGCGCGAAACUCCUUUGGCAUCUCCGGCCCAGCCAGAGGAACUCCUGUCACCAGAAGUUGUGGUCCCGACUAGAGAAACUUUGAAAUCCGAGGUCACAACCAAUGGUUGGGCUACUGAACCACCAUCGCCAAAUUUCGAAUGCACAGUUGAGCCUGCUGACGAUUCGCCGCAGGUCCCGACGACUACUUCACCUCCGGAAGUCCAGCGGCCAGGGAAAGCCAAGAAAAAAUCACACAAACGCAGUGACCACGUAAACGCCCCUGUCCACAACAGGACACACAACAUGCCUAGCGUCUCAUCCACUCACGCGGCGGAUUUCUACGCCAAUUAUAAGAACGGUGGUGUUGAGAAGCUAUCUACCAACUUAUCCGUUCUUACUGAUAUGCAGACCAAGGUCAAGUAUCUUGAGAAGGCCCUCAAGAAUCUCGAGCCAGAACUUGCAUUCUUCAACGAAGAUGCUACGCUUCGCGGACACCUUAUUGUGAUCCGCUCCAGGGCGGUGGUCACUGCAGCCAUAUUGGUUUUACGAUUAGCUCUAGGUUUUCUCUGCCGUCGUCUGGCUGUGCUGACUAAAGCGGUUCCCUUUCCGGGACUCGGCCCGAUUUGUUUGGGCAGUCAACUCAAACUUCUUGGAGCUGAUGCAGUUACGGCAGCACUACUGUGUGGAUUCGAAAAUUCUCUCAUCCGCCUUGCUGCUGCCUUCUUCGCUUUGUGA